ACAGCGGUCAAACAAUAAAUAACACAUGCGUGCGGAUGAUUUCGCAGAUAUUCGAUCCAGUCAACCUCUAGCCGUAAUCUUUUCCUGACGUCUUCUGAAAUGGCAUCGUAUUUCGACGAACACAACUGUGAGCCGUUGGGCAACAACGAACAACCUAACCACGCUCUACAUUUAGCCAGACUUCUUAUGGACUCAGGCAUCGCAGCAGAAUUUGAACUGGAAUUUGACAGGUUGUUUGGAGGAGAUAGGAAAGUACCACCUGCAUCUAAACAGGCUGUAGAAGAGCUGCCAACUGUAAUAAUUACACCAACCAAAGCUGCCCAGGAGGUGAAGUGUCCAGUGUGCUUAGGCCUGUUGGAUGAAGGGGAUGAGGCCAGAGAAAUGCCCUGUAAACACUUGUUCCACACAACCUGUAUCUUACCUUGGCUUGAGAGGGUUAAUUCUUGUCCAGUGUGUCGUCAAGAGCUACCCACAGAUGACCCGGAGUAUGAGGAGUAUAAGAAGCAGAAAGCGAGGAGCAAACAGAGGGAGUUUGAACUGGAUACACUACAUAACUCAAUGUUUGGAUGACAUGAUUGUAUGGGUAGAAAUGAUUUAAGACAUUUUAAUAUUGAUUGCUAUCUUGGAAAAUGGAACAGAAACGCAGGAAUGAGCAGUAAAGGCUGUGUAAGAACAUUGACAAGAUGUAACUGUUAUAACGCAUGUGAACGUUGGCUCCUCGUUGACGUACAGCUCUUUAGAACAAUCCCUUCAUAUACAUGUA